CUAAUUGAAAUAAAAUAUAAAUAAAAAAAAUGUAAUUUCUUUCCAACAAUUAUUGUAGACAUAAUCAAUUAGUAAUUUGUCUAUUACGUUCUUGUGUUUAAUUAUUAUUAUUCUGUUCUCUCUAAACGUUUCGGUCGCGGAACGUUGCAGCGUUAUAAAAAUAGCAGGUACGGAAAUAGUGUGUAACAGUAAGAGAGAACUUUUUGGGUAAGGCAACUGAACCGGUUGCAGGAAAGAAUCGUUGAUGUCAGUAGCAGUAGUAGGAAUAUUUGUCGUCGACCGACAACGUGUCGUCAUUUCUAAUCAGUAAAUUAUAUGAAAUCGCGUUUUGUUUCUUCGACAUGGCGUACAAUUUGGACUACGAGAUCAGUGAUUACUUUUCCUCAAAUUUGUUUGCUGUAAGAAAUUCGAUAUCUCAACAGGAUUUUAAGAAAUUUACCAAUCUUCGAUCAAACGCAGAAAGAAUUGCUUUUAUAUUGAGUUAUCCUGAAGCCCAUCAUUUGUCCUUUGAAAUUGACAAUCAUGAAAUCAAAGACGGUGUGAAAGCUUUGAAGUUUAAGAAUAUUGGUAACAAUUAUUUUGGAAGUGAGGAUUAUCUAGAAGCUUUGGACGCGUACUCAAAAGCUGUACUUCUGGCACCUCAAAAGGAUCUUCCAGUGAUGCUUGCAAAUCGUUCAGCAGCACUUUAUCAUUUGCAAAAAUACGAGCAUGCUUUAGAGGAUAUAGAAGAAGCACUUCGAUUGAAUUAUCCUAAAGAACUUCGAUACAAAGUGGAAGAAAGGCGAGCAAGAUGUUUUCUAGCUCUGAAGAAUAACAGAAAAGCGAUAGAAUGUUUUAGACUCGCGUUACAAUUAUUGGACGAUGCAAAACUUUCUUCUGAUCGAAAAAACAAAUUAGGAACCGAUAUCAUGCUAAUGUUGAGCUUGAUGGAGAAAGGUCAACAAUUGAAAGAAAAAUCUAAGAUAGUUCCACAGCAAAUCAUCGGAAAUGAAACGAAUGUACAGAAAAUUAUACCAAAAAUAGUCAAACGUAAUCCUUUUUAUCCAGCUUGUAGCAAACUUGUGGAAAUAAAAAACGAUGAUGAUAGUGAGAUAGGAAGACACGCUAUUGCUACCAGAAAAAUUUUACCUGGCGAAAUUCUUAUUAUUGAACAACCACAUUGCGCUCUUUUAUUAGAGGAGUACAGGUUGAAUCAUUGCUUCUUCUGUUUCUCCAAGAUAAUCGUACCAAUACCAGCAGCUUGUAACGUUUGCAGUUGCGUGGUUUAUUGCAGUACUCGUUGCAGAGAUAAAGAUGCUGAAUUGCAUAUUCGUGAAUGCAAUUUGUUGCCAGUUUUAUGGCUAUCCCAAGCUUCGAUCACGUGCAUUCUAGCUCUUAGAAGUCUUCUUCAAAGACCAUUCAAGGAAUUUGUUGAAAUGAGAGAACGUUUAACAUCCACCAAAGAGAAACGUGAAAUUUCAGAAAAAAAACCAUAUAAAGGAAAUGAUUACGAAUCUUUUCAUGAUUUAGUGACUCACGAAGAUCAACGUACAAGUGAAGAUAUAUUUCAUCGAGCUUAUAUUGCUGCUUGGUUAUUGAGACUUGUAAAAACAACAACGUAUUUAUCUAACAACGAUAAAACACCUGAUUCAUUCGAGGUAAAGCUCUCGGACGCUGAAUUGUUUGUAGGUGAACUACUUUUGCAUCAUUUGCAGCUGCUACAAUUUAACUCCCACGAGAUUUCAGAGUUAAGUAACAGAAAAAUAAAAUCCAAAAAAAAGUCACUCGCAAAUGCUAAAAAUCUUUUCAUUGGUGGUGGUGUAUAUCCUACAGUAGCAUUGCUUAAUCAUUCGUGUAAUCCUGGUGUCGUGAGGUAUACCAAAUUCUUUCAAUCUUUUAUAUUUCUAUUAUUACAAUCAAUAAUAUGGGCUUUUUUGUUCAGGUAUUUCAUUGGUACGACUAUCAUUGUUAGAGCAAUUCGAACGAUUGAGGAAGGUGAGGAGAUAUCUGAAAAUUAUGGUCCUAUAUUUACUACGAUGCCUGAAAGUGUACGAAAACGAAAUUUAAGAGUACAGUAUUGGUUCGAUUGCAAGUGCAAGGCAUGCAUCGGCCAUUGGCCCUUAUUGGAAGAAAUAGAUCCUACAAUCUUCAGGUUUAAAUGCGACUCAGGAAAAUCUUGCGGCAAUGUCUUGCCAAUCAGUACAAACACAGAUGAGUUUAUGAUUAAUUGUCAAAAAUGUGGGAAAAAUACAAACAUAUUGAAGGGUUUAAAAGCAUUACAAGAUACAGAUAUGCUGUUUAAAGUUGCUUCGCGUCAUCUCGAAGAUGGACAGCACAAUGAAGCUCUGGAAACUUAUUUGAAAAUAUUAAAACUUCUCGAUGAAACAUUGUCUUUACCGAUCAGAGAUUACCAUUUGUGCCAGCAAGGUGCAAGAUUAUGUAUGCUCGCUUUAGGUAAUACGGACUUAAAAUGAGGUAUUGCAUAAUAAUAUACUACUUAUAGAUUUUUUUAUUUAUAACUAUUACAUGAUGGUACAAAAUAAGUAAAUGAAACACAAAUUAAUUUGUUUUUUUUUUU